UAUUCAUGAGGAAUGUCUUCCUAAUGAAUAUACAUGAGUCAUGAUAUUACCGGUCACCGAGUAAACCAAUGAAAUGUCAGAGCUGUUUCGUCUUGGGUUCGGAAUACUAUAUAGUAGUCCACUAUUCUGCAGGGGAUUCAUUUAAUUGCGGGACAAUAAAGGGGAUAUAACCAGCAAAAUGCUACAAGUAGUGGUACUACUAUUACUACUACUACUACUACUAUUACUACUACUGGCCGUAACAGACCCAUCACCGCCCCGAAACUUCCCGGGUGAUACUGCUCAGCCGCUGGUCAGACUCGAGUCAACUCCCAGCAACUCCACCCCAGCUUCCCUCACUGCACUGCACAGCGGAGAUCGAUAAUCGACGCCCCGGAUCGACCGGUGGAAUCGCAUGAAAUAUUACAUUUUUUCCAUAUCCUGUGGGUAGAUUUACAAAGACAUUUCGUCCUUUCAGUGCAGAGUUAAUUUCAUCGACUUGCAAAUCCUUAAAUCGGUCAAUAUUCAGCGUUUUAGAGGCGUAUUCAGUGCUCUUUGAUAUUUCGUCGUCACUCUUCGCCAAGAAUCCAAGGGUCGCCAUUCAAGAGGAGCUCAUGAAUAUUUAAUAUGACGUCAUAGCAGCUCGCGCUCUCAUUGGAUGAUUUUCACCGACCAGUUUUUGGUCGGUGAAUUGGUAAAAACAAUGAAAAACAAAAGAAAGUCGGUGAAAUUCGGUACAGAUGUCCAGAGGCCCUGUCUCGCGGCGCUCUGCUUCGCUCUCUCCCGUGCUUUGCCAUGUUCGCUCGGAAAGCAGCCGACAGGGCCUCGACAAGAGGCUAGAAAUUACGUAAUCAUUUGAUAUCUUUUGCAUGUAACCCUUAAAGCGUACCCUCAUUUUUUCAGCAUUUGAAAAAAGACAUUAUUGCAUACUGCAUGCAUACUUCAAUUAUUGGCGUGUAGUGUGGCUCUGUGCUCUGUUGAGUCGCAAUACUUGAUACCGAUGUCUACAUACUUCCAUAGGAACAUUCGAUUAACCAAACUUUUCGAAACGAGGCGAGAAAUAACCUCGAUUCGGUUACCAUGACUCGGUUUUCCAGGGCAUGUAAAAGACUAUUUGCUGCAAUCUUGUUUGUCUGUCUUUUGACGUUAUGUUUUAUUCUCAUUGGAUCUGUUCAGAACUGUUCAGUUCAAAUCAACUUGACUUCGAAUGAGACAUCGCAACUUCGCAAAACUACUUUAUCUUAUUCUCACACAAGUCACCAUCAGCCUGCAUACAGAUCAAUUUGGAGUGAGACAAUAGCAACUGAUAAUCUCACAAAUCAUCUGCCACUUUCCAACAACUCAAUUCAAAACACCGAACAAAAUGAAGAGGGACACCAGGAGGAACAUUUAGAGGAACCACAGACAGAAACUCUUACUUGGCUCAAAGGAACACAUUGGGAGUCAAAGAUUGAUUUGCACACAUACAAAUAUCUGAAUAAUCCCCACGAUAAAUGUAACUCCAAUGGCUUUGUGAUAGAAGGGUUCACAUUGCUUGUUCUCAUAAAAUCGGCACCUAAUAAUUACGAAUUGAGAGAAACCAUCAGAGAAACGUACAUCCAAGGAACCCUAAAAUACAACAUUUCGAUCAAAGUUGUAUUCCUUCUUGGAUUUCCAGCACAUGGUGAAGCAGACCAAAUGGAUAUCAACAAGGAAGCGAACAUUAACGGGGACAUCAUCCAAGAAGACUUCAAAGACUCUUACUAUAAUCUUACCAUUAAGGACAUGAUGGGACUCAAAUGGACUAUGACGUUCUGCAAUAAUAGCCACUUCGUGCUGGUAACCGAUGAUGAUGUCAUGAUUGAUGUCUUUACCCUUGUUGAAGAUUUGUCACAUGUUUACCCAGAGAAUCAAUUCGUACUAGGAGAGCCAACAUACGGUGCUGCUCCAAUCAGGAACCCAAUUCAUGGUACGUUAAAGAAGUUCUACACACCACUUUCUCUGUACCCCAAGACCAGCUAUCCAACAUACCCACAGGGUUAUGGGUACAUUUUUUCAAUAGAUGUCGUACCUCAAAUUUUCCAAGCGUCCAAGGAAGUGCCCCCUCCAGUGCCUUGGGAGGAUGUCUACAUCGGUGUUCUCCUUGAGAAAACCCACAUAAAUAUCAUAGAUAAGUUUUACUGGUAUAGACAACGACACCCUGUCAAGGAUCCUCUACUUCCAAUGAAUGACUACUUUAUGAUACAAUUAUCCAUUGCCCAAAUGAAGACAAUUUGGAAUAGUGUUGAGAGUGCGUUCCUUAGGUAAACCCAUACGUGGUCCGAUACUCUGUCCUGAAAUGAAUAAAAUGUGUAAUUUGCAAUUGAUUAUCUUUAAUUACCUUAAUCCAUCGUUUCAUUGAUCUUUGUUAACUUUAUCCAAGUUAUGUAUCUAUUUGAGAUGUAACCUUUUAAAACCGAGUGUUCCCAUAUCUCUAAUAUGGGAAUUAAUGAAUUCAGGUGUAUUGCAGUCAACUGACAAAAACGUUCAAACGCGCAAUGUAUGCAUUUAAUACCAAUGUUGCUUGACACAUUUUCCUCAACCUCUCUGAGAUGAUUCUUCGAAGAAACUUAAUUUUGUGUAAACGAAAAACGUAAUAUACUAAGUAUACCAGAAAACUUAGUGUAUUUAUCAUCUUCUACUAUAAUCAACUUCCAGAUAAUCUAAAUCAUGGAAUCUGUUGCGAUUACUGAAUUUCAUAAUUUCAUAAAAUUGCAUUAUUUAUUGGAUUCACUUAAGAGUUCGUUGACACGAAACCAUCAUCUUCUGCACCUUACUUAUAUCUUUGUUUCUACAUGUAUAACUGACAUUGGUUGGCAUCCAAUCAUCCCCAACAUUCCUUACACCAAAAAAAUUGUGAUGUUAACCGGUGUCAGGUAUUUUACACCGGUGAUACAUUCGUCCCUUAGUUGUCAUCUUAACACAAUUUGGUGUCAAGUUCAGUCUCGAGGGUUCAUGUUCUGUAUUGUAGGCUGUGGACCACAACAGAGUAAAUCGAAAAAAAAAUGUAA